AUGCUCCGCACGCUGCACUCUGUACUAGUGCUGCUGACAGCUCUCGUGAGUUGCGUCAUUUCCCACACCAUACAGCGGGCGCUUCCAUUGUAGGCUGCCCCUGGAGAGACUUUACAGGCGGCUAUGCUCUGGAAGCCGCUGCAGACAGCAUGGCAUCAGCUGGCGGUGUGACCCGGGCAAUCCGCCUCCCUGCUAGACACGGUUAUGCUGUGGAGUUCUCUCCUUAUGUGCCCACUCGCCUGGCAUGCGCAGCCUCCCAGAACUAUGGCAUAUCAGGUUGUGGCACUCUUUUCCUGCUAGACCAAAAUGAUGCGGGUCUUCUUUGUUUUAAAAGCUUUGAGUGGACCGAUGCACUGUUUGAUGUGACAUGGAGUGAAAUUAAUGAGAAUAUCCUGGUAACAUCUAGUGGAGAUGGAUCACUGCAGAUAUGGGACGUAUCCAAACCACAAGGACCUGUGCAUGUAUUCAAAGAGCACGUCCAAGAGGUUUACAGCGUGGAUUGGAGUCAGACAAGAGGAGAGCAGCUUCUGAUAUCUGGAUCCUGGGAUCAUACUGCAAAAUUGUGGGAUCCUUCCGUUGGGAAGUCAUUGUGCACCUUUUUGGGUCAUGAGAAUAUAGUGUACAGCACAAUCUGGUCUCCCCAUAUACCAGGCUGUUUUGCAUCUGCAUCAGGAGACCAGACUUUGAGAAUAUGGGACAUGAAAACUCCUGUAUCUAAACUAGUCAUCCCUGCUCACCAAGCAGAAAUUUUAAGUUGUGAUUGGUGCAAAUAUGAUCAGAAUCUGCUCGUAACAGGCGCAGUUGACUGCAGUUUAAAAGGUUGGGAUUUAAGAUCUUAUCGUCAACCUGUCUUUGAGCUCUGUGGUCAUACCUAUGCUGUCAGGCGGGUCAAAUUUUCUCCAUUUCAUGCAAAUAUUUUAGGAUCAUGCUCCUAUGAUUUCACUGUAAGGUUAUGGGACUUUGCCAAACCAUCACCACUGCUUGAAACUGUGGAGCAUCAUACAGAGUUUACUUGUGGCCUUGACUUCAGCAUUCUUGUCCCAGGACAGGUAGCAGACUGUGCGUGGGAUGAAACUGUUAAAGUAUAUACCCCAUCUUCUCUAUCAGUGCCUCAAUGAUAUUCAUUUAUCUACAAAAGGAGAAGAGAACAUUUCUCAGCGACUAACAAUUAUCAUUCAAAUGUGACCUUAUUUCUGCCAUAAUUAUAUUUCCCACUUUUGAUUUGUUAAACUCUGAUUAUUGAUCUAGAGAAAGCAUCCAGUGCUUCAGAGAACUGUGUAAUAGUAGAACUGGAAUGUGGAUGUAUUGUAAGGAGAUAUUACUUUCCAUUAAAAUGCUUGUUGAUAUUUAUGUGAAAGAAUUUGAUAACUUUUGUAGGGAAAUCAUUUUCUCUGUGCACAGCAUUGGGGGAGAUUUACUAAGCUGAAUACGCCAGAAUUCUGGCUACAUUUGUGCCAGAAAAAAGCAUGUACUGUAUAUGCCUUGCACCACAUUUAUUAUGCUUUUAAAAGGAGAUGAAUGUGGCUUGGUGGGAAGAUUAGGAAUGCAAUCUGACAGUAUUCAUCAAAAUGUUGGUGCAAACUAAGUCAACCAAUAGUUGGUGUAAGGUUUACAUCUAGAAAGAUGUACCAAAUAUAUAAUCCAUUGUGAGCCACUGCAAUACAUUUGGUACAUCUUCAGACUAACUGGUCUAAGUAUUAGACUGGAUUAGUAAAUCUCUCUCAAUGUGUGUUUGUAAUCUAGCCUGUAAGACCAUUACUAAAAAAAAAAAAAAAAAUGUCAUUGAGCUGGGGUAGCAAGGCUUACCUCUUUUUUUAUUAUGAUAUUGUGAAAGUCUUUCAGUUUAAAAGAGGUUUUCUCCCCCCCAAAAAUCGGAACAUUCCCUCCUCCAACUAGUGGUAGAGUCCCCAGAAAUGUAUCCCACGUGUCUCGUCAGGUAUCCUGUUGGGAUGCUCUGAAGCUAAAUAGGAGUGAAAUUCACAAUUAUAAUGCUGAUCACUUUUGAGAUCUCUCCCCCCGGCCUCCCCUUACCACUGAACAUGACUGAAUGUGGACAUUUACCUUAAGGGGAUUUCUUAAUUGUAAAACUAAAAACAAUUUUUUUUUAGGGACAAUUAACACCAUCUUCUAAGGUGUGGGAUACUUUUUACAGUAAGAAUCUUUGUCCACUGCUCAGUCUGCAAGUGAAGACCAUCAAUUGCCCACUGUUAAUACCAAGGUGAAAUUAGUGGAUUAUGAGGUCCCCAAUUUGAGUAGAAUAUUAGGUAUGGGUAGUUUUUGUUUUAAUGUUUCCUGUUUUCUUUCAAGGUUGAUUUCCCCUUUAAGAGUAUUUGCAGAAUCAGUAAUGGUAAAAUGAACCUUCAGAGGGUUAGGAUUUCUAUGUUUAUAUCACUGUGAAAGCGCAUGCUGUAUUUUGUAUAGACGUCUCUUUUGCAGACUACACAUUAGACACAUUUAUAAAAAUCGGAUGUCCAUGAAAACGUUUUCUCAGUCUCAGAUUUCACAGCAAUGUAGGGUGUUUCUGGUUUCACACUUUAUUGUAAAUGCACACAAACUGAACGCUCUGUGUGUCUGCAGAUGUGUGAUCAGAAUGUUUUGUGGGCGGGAGUGUAAUGCGAUGAUGGACAGAUAAUGUCAUUCAUUGUAAUAAGCGGUUUCCUCCUGACCUUUCAUUCAGUACUAAUAUGCCAGAGAAUAAAAGGAGGACACCACUUAAUUGAAGAUCUUUAUUUGUAUUAUUUUCAUUAAUGAAAUGCAUUUAUAUGUCACUUCAUGAGUGUUUACUGUCACAUUGACAAUUACAAAAUGUUAUAUAUUCAGAAAAUAAUAAUAAUUGAAAAAUAUUUAAUAAAGCAAAUCCUUCAGACCUGCA